UGUAUUUUUAGAAAAUUAUUUUAGCUGGUUGCUUAAAGUUUAGAGAGCACUUUUGGGCCCCCCUUGACCCAGGGCCCGGGGACCUGGUUAAGAUACUUGGUGAAUGUCCUCUUUUACGAUCCAUGGAACUCAUACGGAAAAGACUCGCCAAGACAAUGCAAAACUACAAAUCCCAAAAUGCCCCAGGAGACGUGAUGUCAUUACAACCGCGCGGCGAUACUCUAAAAAGAAGAGAGACUGGAGAUGUGCAUGUGUUGAUGAGCGCAAACGCCAGCGUACACAUGUCACUGAGGUCUAUAGGUGCCUUUUCCACGGAUGCUGGGAUGCUGCUUAGGAAAAAUAUGAGGUUGCUUCGGCAACUUAUUCUUAAGGACACAACUGAGUUUAAAAAAGUUUGGACAAGACAUUCAAAAUCCCCAAUUGCAUAUGAAAGUGGGAAGAUUUAUUUCGAAAAUUACCGGUGCUGCUUCAGUAGUAUUCCUUCAAAUCCACAAUUCCUGUACGAAUUACCCAAAGUAUCUAAUGCAGAGAAGAUUGAAGAUGCUCUACUGUGCCAGUGUCCUCUUGAGAAAGCACUGCCACAAUCAUCAGACCAAAAGCCCUGUCUCCUGGCACUGACAGCAAAUAACUGGCUGUAUCGCUACUCAACAAAGACAGGAGAACAGCUGCAGAAAGUUUAUCUCUCCCCACGCUAUAAGUUCAGGUACCUUGGUUGGGAUGUUCCCCAGGAAACAUUCUACAUUAAGUCUGUUCAGAAUAAACCGUCCGUCAUGGCAAGGCAGGCUGGUCUUGACAACAACACCAUAAUAUACCUGGCUGUACUCAGUGUUUUUCCCCUGGAGGUGUUGGCUGUUCUGGAGAUCAACAAAAAAGCAUUUGGAGCCACCGUCGUGGAUGUGUUACUGUCUCAAGGUCUUUUGGUGAUUUCUCACAGCACUAAGGUUGUGAAGCUCUACAGUUUUGAGAACAUUGUUGAUAAGUAUAUGACAAAGAGGCUGAAACUUGGACAGCACUGUGAGUGGGGCAGAGUCACCGGAACCGUGGGCGAAUCACCUUUCGGCAUUCCGGUAAACCUCCAGAUUAACGAGCACCCUCCGGUAUUGUUCGAACUGGCUUGCUUGGACAACAACAUACAGAUCGGCGGUCAUCCGUGGCAUGUCAUCUACACCCCAAAGCUCAGGAAGCACCAAGGAACCUACCACAUAUGCUCCCUGGAGGACGGCUCCCUGGCACAUAAUGGGAUACAGGACAUGCAGUGUUGUUCCCUGGAAUCUGACUGGAUCUACUUCCAUCCAGAUGAUUCUGGUAGAAUCAUUCAUGUGGGUCCCAGCAGAAUAAACGUGUUGAAGAUCCUAAAAGCUCAUGGAUCCUCCUCACAAUUUGAGGUUGUUGAAGAAUUUUCCAUCACAGCCCAUCGGAACAAUAGCGCUGUCGCCCAACCCAGUGUGACCUUUUCAGGUCGAACGGUGAAGAGAAGGUAUCAAGAACUGGAUGAUGAUCCUGAGAAAGAGACCUUCAAGGUGGUGGAGUAUGAGGAUGAGCUGGACCUGUUGGCAGCCGUGGAGGUGACCGUGACGGACGAGGUCGGAAGGGCUUAUGUUGGUUUAUAUGACAACCAGAACGGAACAUUACGGAAGAAGAGUCAGUUGCUUGAAGCUUGGGAUGUGACUUACAGUCACGAGUUUUUCUUUGACCGAGACACAAUGAUUCACAUUGCACAGGAGAAGAGUAAUUUCUGCUGUCAUGUCUACAAAAUUACCCACAGACAAGAAGAUAUUGAAGAGCAGUUAGAGGAAUCAUCAAUGAAAUGACGCACGUGUCCAAGCUGUGUCAUUACUCACACAAAACACUGAAAUGCUAUUUUAUACGUUCAAACUGAAGUGACAUGGUUAUACUUUAAAUAUGAAUUAUAAUAAAAAUACUUGCUUGUAUCUAGAAAAUAUGCCACUAUAAAGAUGUUUUUCAAUUUUUGCUGAUUUUGUGUGGAUUUUUACUGCUAUGGCAGUAAACCAAGCUAGAUCAGUAUAGUUUUUAAAACCACUAAAUAAAUGCAAAAGUCAUCCCUGCA